AUGACUUAUUUUGCUUUCAUGACUCCACAAGUAAAUAUCUAUGAUAAUAAGAAUUCAUUUAUAUGUCUUUUCAUUUUUCAAUGCCUAAAUCCAAAACUCGAAAUCUAUCUAUCUAUCUAUCUAUCUAUCUAUCUAUCUAUCUAUCUAUCUAUCUAUAUAUAUGUGGACAUACCAAAAAGGCAACAAUGCAUGUCUACUGUUAGCAUCCUUACCCUUUUUAUUUAUCUAUUAUUAUUCUAUUUAUUAUCUCUAUUUUUCCAGGCAACCAAGUCCCACAAGUUUAAGAUCCAUUCUUAUGGAAGCCCCACAUUCUGUGACCACUGCGGAUCGUUACUGUACGGGCUGAUUCAUCAAGGCUUAAAAUGUGAUGCAUGUGAUAUGAACAUUCACAAAAAAUGUCAAAAAAACGUUCCCCAAUUGUGUGGUAUUGACCACACAGAGAGACGUGGGCGGAUCAAGCUUACAGUAACUUCUGAGAGGAAUAAACUCAUGGUUAAAGUUCAAGAAGCAAAGAAUUUGGUCCCAAUGGAUCCAAAUGGACUGGCCGAUCCGUACGUGAAAGUAAAACUUAUUCCAGAUGAAUCUAACAAAACCAAAAAAAAAACCAAGACUGAAAAGUCAACCUUGAAUCCAGUUUGGGAGGAUACUUUUAAUUUUGAUAUUGCUCCUGAAGACAUGUCAAGAGAUUGUCUUUAG